GAAAUUAGCUACUACGGCGUAGAGCUAACUAAAAGUUCUAAUAAGACGUAGACCGUACUACUCGUAUUGAAUUAUCUUCGUCCAUCUUUGCAUUACAAGCCCAAAGUUUAUCUAAUACAUUAUACUUGUUACUCCAAAGAAAACUUGCCGAAACAAAUUAAACUUUCAUGAAAAUAUCAAGCGAAUAAAAAAACACACACUCACACAUAGAGAGGGGAGCUUUUCACGCAUGCGCGGCCUUUGUGCCGGGGGCGGCCGGCCGAGUAUAAAUAACCGCUCGGCUCGAUCAGCCCUACAUUCCCGCUUGUAUUCUCACUAGCAACACACGCUCUCUAUAUCUUUCCCAAAAUGUCUUGCUACGCGAACAGCGAAUACAUCAUCGCGACUAACAACUCGAUGAACGAGAACAAAUACAACAGUGAAAAGAUGAAAAACAGUGGCUUCAAGGCGCUCCUGAAGCCAAUCAUGAAAAUGAUAAAGAAAACGACGAAGCGCGCUCCCACCAAAACGGUCGACACGUGUUACGAGGAAGACCAGAACGCGUGCAACGAGGCGCUCGAGAAGAAAAUCUACAGCGAGAUGGACGCGUGCCAGUCCGCCGCCUUCCUCGUCUCCAACCAAGAUGACUCCUACGACCUUGUGCCCAUCGCUCGUGAAGACUUCUACAUUCCGGUCCACUUCGCGCGCACGGACGCCGGCACCUUCUUCUGGACCACAGUUUCCAAGACCGAGGCCGACUUCGCUGCCGCCCACUGCUACACCGAAUGCCAAACAGCCGAACAACAACACCCCGUCUUCCAAGACCGCUGGGUUCAAGCCUAAAUGAAAUACGAAACAACAAUCAGUGUCUUCCGUGGAACCAGUGCCUUGGUUUCGGCAACCGUCUGUGAUGUUAGCUUUAAAUUAUUCUAUGGUGCCAUAAGUAUUAGGGUUAGGUAUUCGUGAUAGCUCCAGGAAAAGCUUUAAUUGUACUUUUUCACUUGGUGUUGUGAUAUUUUGAUAUUGUAUAAAAUUAUUUUAGAUGUAGCCGAUCUUAUUGAGAUCAUCCUUCCAAGCUUUAA